AUGUCCAGCCCGCCUCGUAAGCCCGAAAAUGCCGCAACUGCCGCAACGGUGAGCCCCCAAGGUGUGGCCUCUGGGAGUCCCAAUGCCGCCAAUGACGCCGCUACCAGUUGGACAGCGACUGUCAGCCCAUCCUCCUCUUCCGCCGCUGUGACUGGCUCGACCUCCAUAUCUGACCAUGCACGGCCAGCUGCAAGUAUUUCGCCUGCCGUACCAGCACCAGCACCAGCACCAGCACCAGCAACAGCACCAGCAACAGCAUCCGUACCAGCACCCCCCGGCUCCCAAGUGCCAUCCGCAUCCACCCUUUCCUCAUCCCUCGCUAUCAACCAUGUCGACCAAAAUAAUAAUAAGUCACGACCUCCCACGGUCCUCCAGAGAUCCAAUGGCCCGUCCUUACUCUCCCAAGCUCUGGCUUCUGCUCGCGGAAUUCUCUCUUCACACGCCUCCCAACCCCAUACAGAACAACGACGUCCCGAGCAGAAGCCUGCACAUUCUAAUGCACCGAACCGGCCUAGCCCUCCGAGAACCCAAUCUGAUACUCCUGUCGGGCAGCCCCUAAUCGCUCCGCAAGAUGACCAUCAUGAACGGAACGAACAUGGUUCUCUGACCCCGAUUGGCCAAACGGGGCUUGCUGAGGCCUCCAGAGCGAUAUCCGCGCCGUCAUUACCCUCUACUACCCAUCUAGACGGACAAGCUGUAACACCUUCACCUAUCGCCAUGCCCGGAACUAUUAGCUCAACCACAACGCUUAUAGGGAACAGGGAUUUGGAUUUGGGCAUCGGCAGAGGGCGCUCAUUGGAACGCACCGAAAAGGAAAUUUACCUAAGAUUGUUGAACCGCCCUAAGACGCAUUCCGAUAACGUUGGGGACACCGCGUUUUCUCAUGCAGUCGGCACUACCGAUAUCGCACCAUCAUCUACUGGCGAUAAGCCGGAACACUUUUCUGACCCGCGGGCCCAGUAUAGGGCUUGGAGAGUCGACCGUACACUCUCCAUGGGCCCGGAGAAAGCUUGGUCCAUUGGCACUAACGAUAUAAUCGGCCAUCAAGAUGGACAAGUCGAAAAAUCUAUCACGGAGGUGUUAGCCGGGGUUGAACCAACUCGGAGUCGGAAAGCAAGUCACAGUCUACGCUUUUUCAAGGAGGGUCUCCCAGAAGAACAGGGCAGGCGGAGGGAAUCCAAAUCAGUAGGACAUCAGCGAGACAAGUCAUUGCUCGCCAAGGGCUUGGCAGCAGAUGUGAAUCAUCAGAAAUACUCCGACGAUAACAAUAUUAUUCAGUCGCCCGUACCCUCGCCCCAAUCUAUUGACGGCGACCAACCUCCUUCCCAUGCGCCGAGCGUUAAAUCUUUUCCUUGGGGUACGUCAGACGCUAAGUCUGUUCCUUGCGAACCUACUGAACUCGAUUACUUUGGCCUGCAGUUGCCGCCGAAGCAUGUUGCUGAGUCUACUAGAGCAUCUUCUCGAGAACCCUCUGCUCCAAAACAAAGUACUUAUAACGGACCCAAGGGCCCUGCUGAUGUGCCCGAUGAAGGUCUCGGUGAGAUUCGGCGGGAGUCAAGUGACACGGCUGAAGUUGGAGGAGUAGCCGAAGAGGGCGACGAGUCAUCCGAAGAGAAAAUAUCUUCGGCUGUGUUUCUGCCGCAUCAGGGAUUGAAUCAAACCCCGGAAAAUAGAGAUGCUCUCCAGAAGGAUUUCAAGGCUUCGCAGCCUGUCUCCCGCAAACCCCACAGUGAGGAUUUUCACCCUUGGUUGGUAAAGGCGGAUGAGCCUGAAGCUGAGGAUAGAACGAGGGCUGAUGGACCUGACGGUGGUAAUAUCAACCGUAAUAAUGAUCCAGCCCCGCGUGUUGGAGACUUUUCGCGAAUAGAUGAUGAAUGUGCUAUCGAAGAUGAGAUCGAGUCCCCCCAGAAAUCUCGUGAUAUAUCUGCUAGGCCAACUUCCCAGUAUUACGAGGACAUGGUGCACGAUCACCAACAUGAACCAAAAUUACCGCUUGAAGCAAUUGAACUUAUACCCUAUAAGCAUCAGGUUGGUGGCCACACAACCAUUUGGAGAUUUUCCAAGAGGGCUGUCUGCAAGCAAUUAAACAACCGAGAAAACGAGUUUUAUGAGAAAAUAGAAAGAUAUCACCGUGAUCUUCUACCUUUCCUGCCCAGGUAUAUUGGCGUUCUCAAUGUCACAUUCCAGAAACAGCCGCGACGGAAGUCGACGGUCAGGAAAGACGACGGCCAUGCACCAGAAAAGAAGAUAGGCGAGCAGGAUGAGCAGAAGAACAGUCACAAUGGAUCAGCCAGCUUGAGUGCCUUAUCGAGGCUUGACCCAUCAGAUAGGGAAGAUCAGCGUUACCAUCGCAGGAUUGUCAGUCAAUCCCUCCAAUCGUUACAAACGCCGAUUCCCACGGUUACUUUUGUCGAUAACCGUCAUAUUCUGCCUCGAAGUUUACUUCGGCCUGCGGUGUCCGCAUUUAACGGCGAUGGACGCCCUAGAAGUGCAUCCGCCGCUCUAAGCCAGCAAUAUUUACUUGACAAAGGUCUCCAAAUAGGGGACAAAGGCGCUACGAUAUCGAAUCGACCAUCUCUAGAGGACCGGCAUGCUAACAGUUGGGGCGCUACGACUGUUAAUAAAAGAUUACGAAAUGAGGUAUUCAACGACGCCUUUCUAAAGCAGCCUAUUGCAAUACACAAACACCGGAGACCAGCGUCCCAGCAUCGGACAAUCUCUCGUCGCUCAAUGAAACAAGUCGAGCGGCCCAUGACUGCGGAGAGUGUUUUGCCAAGCCAACAAGCACAGGCUACCGGCCACGCUCUACAUUCUCGCGAAGCGAACCCACCAAAGACUCUUCCGCAGCUUCUGCAGACUGACCAUGAUGCUGGCUCCGAUACGGUUUGCUCAACAAUUGAGGGUUUGGAUCAUGUGAAAGAUGUUACGGGAACUAGCGCCCCCGAGCCUGAAACUUUGUCGGAAAAGUUUCCACAGAGGCGAAAACGACGCAACUCGGGAAGUAAACUCAGACGGAAGCCCGAGGAUGUAACGGACCCGCGUGGCCAUCUUAAGUAUUUCGAAGACCCAGACGAAGUUGAAUACAGAAUAGACAGUGAACCGCACGAAGAAUUGCGGGGUCUUGUACAUAAGACAAAUGGGCACAACCAAAAGGUCGACGUAAAUGAGCAUGGGACUGGAGAUGGUUCUGUAUUUCAGUCUAAUCUCUCAUCAGAAGUACCAACCGCUUUUCCGAGCCCAACGAUGGAACUCAAGAAAAUCCCACGGCCGAUUAACCCAAAAGAGGCACAGACGCAGCGCGACUCGAGGGUUGAGUAUUUCCUACUGCUGGAGGAUCUCACUGCAGGCAUGAAACGGCCCUGCAUCAUGGAUUUAAAGAUGGGCACCCGUCAAUAUGGUGUGGAUGCUAGUCCAAAGAAACGCGAAUCGCAACAGCGUAAAUGCGCCAACACGACAUCCAGAGAGCUGGGCGUUAGGGUUUGUGGACUGCAGGCCUGGGAUGCUAAGUCUCAGACGUAUGUCUUCAAGGACAAAUACUACGGACGUAGUCUUAAGGCAGGCGCGGAAUUUCAAAACGCCUUAACCAUGUUUCUCUACGACGGGGUGGAUUAUAGCAGCGUCCUAAGACAUAUCCCGACGAUCCUGCAGAAAUUAAACCAACUUGAAAUGACCAUUCGGAGGUUACGCGGUUAUCGAUUCUACGCGGCCAGCCUGUUGAUGUUUUAUGAUGCAGAUAACUCUGACGAGGGGUAUGAUACGGGUGCUGACGAGUCCACCACCGACUUCCAAACAGAUGCCGAAGAUAUGUGGGAUGCCAGGAGACGCCAAAGAAAUAAGAAGGAGAUCGACUUCAAGAUGGCUGACUUUGCCAAUAGCGUCACCGCGGGUGAUCUGGCAGAAAAUAAACCAUGCCCACCAAAGUAUCCCAAUGAACCAGACCGCGGAUUUCUCCGUGGUCUUACGACCCUUAAGCAGUACUUCUUAAAGAUACAGAAGGACGUCCGCAACGAGCUCGGAUUAGUCACCCCGCGUAGGCAGAGUGAAAUUGGGAAUGAAGUUGAAAGGGACGAUGUCGAGGAGGAAGAAGGAGGAGAAGAAUUUGUCAGCGAGUGA